AUGGGCAGCGGGCCCGGUGCGGGCCUGGGACAGGGUCAGGGACCACAGGGGCCGAUGAGACAGCAGCCGCCAAUGCCCAGUUUGGGACCGGACUCACCGUUUAAUCAGGAGCAGAUGAUGCUGCUCAGGAACCAGAUGAUUGCGUACCGUGCUUUGAGCAAGAACGCGCCUAUUGCUCAGGCGAUGCAGGCCGUUCAGCAGGCGCUGGCCAGUAAUAUUAGGCUCCAGCUGCCCGGCCAGCAGCCACAACAGCAACAGCAACAACAGACACAACAGUCCCAGCAACCACAACAACAGCAGCCUCAGCCACAGCAACAGCCUCAACAACAACAGCAGCCACAGGCUCAGUUACAGGCGCAAUUGGGUCCAGGAGCAGCAGCUCAGGGCAGUCCGAAUGCGGCGGUUUUGAAUCACCAACGACAACCGUCGGUACCAGUACCGGACGAGUUUCAGAACUCGCCAGGCCGAGGAUUCCGAAAACCGGCUCCGAGUAUGAGCCAGCGAAGUUUUAGCAGAGCUAGCAGCAUUUCCAGCCCCGUGGCUACUCCUCAGACACCUGCUUCAGGUGCUGGAACGGGUCCAGCGACAGGAGGAACUGAUCCGUUGUUAGGAGUUGGCGGCGUUUCCGGACAAGCAAGCGCGGGUCUGGGGAAUACCCCGUCUCCUCAACCACCAAUGCCUGUGAAUUUACCACCUUCGGUUAAACUGUUUGGCGUUUCUUCGUAUAUCGACCCAAGAUCACCUUCGUAUUUGGCACAAUCAGUGUCAUUUGAAGAUUAUACGGCACGUCAACAGCAGCUAUUUAUUCCCACAAUCAUGCCAGUUGGGUUGGAUGUCGUGGAUAUGAAAUUGGAACGCGAACGUCGAGUCCAGCAAGCCAUGCAUAACAGAAUGGCAUAUUUAGAAGAACAGGAAUCGGAAAGUAGCUCUGGUUUGAGCAUAGACGAAAAAAUAGAGCUCAAGUCGCUACGGCUCGCCAAUUAUAACAAGGCUCUGCGAGGCGAUAUUCUGGCUAAUGUGUACUAUUUCAAUAUGGUGGCUCUGGAUGAGUCCAAUAAGGGUAGAUAUACCCGGAUGAAGAAGCUCAGUUUGCAAGAAGCAAUUGCUACCGAGCAGUUUACGUAUCAACAGAGAGUGGAAAGACAACGUCGUGAAAACCAGAGGAAGAUUGAUAAUAUCCAAAGUACCGUUAAGCAUGCAGUUGAUGUGGCCAACUCGGUGACUCAGAAACGAAGCCGAUUGUCAAGAUUACAAAAAUCGAUAGUCAGUUUCCAUGCUUAUACUGAAAAAGAAGAACAAAAGAGAUUGGAAAGAACCGCUAAACAGAGAUUGCAGGCCUUGCGAGCUAAUGAUGAAGAGGCAUAUAUCAAACUGCUCGACCAGACAAAAGAUACUCGUAUCACGCAUUUGCUUCGACAAACAAACACAUUUUUGCAUUCACUUACAAAAGCGGUUGAAUCUCAACAGCGAGAAAACAAGGGCUUAGCCACUCUUAAUACAGAGCUUCCUGAUAUCCAAGAAGGCGACGAAGACAGUGAGGUACGUGAUUACUAUGCUGUUGCCCAUAGAAUAAAAGAAGAGAUUACCAAACAACCGAGUAUUUUGGUGGGUGGAACGCUGAAAGAGUACCAACUCAAGGGUCUACAAUGGAUGGUAUCUUUGUAUAAUAACAGUUUGAACGGAAUUCUCGCCGAUGAAAUGGGUCUUGGUAAGACCAUUCAGUCGAUCUCGCUGAUUACCUAUUUAAUCGAGAUGAAGCAGUUGGCAGGUCCAUUUCUGGUUAUUGUACCCUUGUCAACACUGACCAACUGGAAUCUGGAGUUUGAGAAAUGGGCUCCCAGUGUUAAAAAAGUUGUAUACAAAGGACCUCCAAUGGCGAGAAAGGCUCAACAAGGAAUUAUUCGGUCGGGUGACUUCCAGGUUUUACUUACAACUUAUGAGUAUAUUAUCAAGGAUCGACCUAUUUUGAGUAGAAUCAAAUGGGCUCAUAUGAUUAUUGAUGAAGGUCAUCGAAUGAAAAAUACCCAAUCCAAGCUGUCAUUUACGCUUACGACAUAUUAUUCCACGAGAUACAGACUUAUUUUGACUGGUACGCCUUUACAAAACAACUUGCCUGAGCUAUGGGCACUGCUCAAUUUCGUGUUGCCGAAAAUUUUCAACUCUGUCAAGUCGUUUGAUGAAUGGUUUAAUACUCCAUUUGCCAAUACCGGUGGUCAAGACAAGAUGGAUUUGAGCGAAGAAGAGACUCUGCUGAUUAUUCGACGUUUACACAAGGUGCUGAGACCGUUUUUGUUGAGACGUCUUAAAAAGGAUGUCGAGAAAGAUCUUCCCGACAAGGUGGAAAAGGUUAUCAAGUGUAAGAUGAGUGCUCUUCAACAAAAACUUUACCAACAAAUGAUCAAGUACAAGCUACUGAUUUUGGGCGACAAUGUACAAGGAGCAUCUGCAUCUGGUUUGAAGGGAUUGAAUAACCAGAUCAUGCAGCUGCGUAAAAUCUGUAACCAUCCUUUUGUCUUCGAAGAAGUUGAGAAUUUGGUUAAUCCUAACAAGGAAACCAACGACGAUUUGUUCCGUGCAGCAGGUAAAUUCGAACUGUUAGACCGAAUUCUGCCAAAAUUCAAGAAAACUGGCCAUAGAGUGUUGAUUUUCUUCCAAAUGACGCAGAUUAUGGAUAUUAUGGAAGAUUAUCUUCGUCUUCGAGACAUGCAAUACCUUCGAUUGGACGGUAGUACCAAAGCAGAGGAUCGAUCAGACUUGCUCAAGAAGUUCAAUGCCCCAGACUCGCCAUAUUUUGCGUUCUUAUUGUCUACUCGUGCUGGUGGUUUGGGUCUUAAUCUUCAAACUGCAGACACGGUUAUCAUUUACGAUACCGAUUGGAAUCCUCAUCAGGAUUUGCAAGCCCAGGAUCGUGCCCAUCGUAUUGGACAGACCAAGGAAGUGCGAAUCCUGCGGUUGAUUACUGAAGAUUCGGUAGAAGAGCAUAUUUUGGAAAAAGCUCAUCGUAAGCUUGAAAUCGACGGUAAAGUCAUCCAGGCUGGUAAAUUCGAUAACAAGUCGACUAAUGAAGAACAAGAAGCAUUUUUGCGAUCGCUUUUGGAAGCUGAAGAAGCAAAGAAGGGUCAUAAAGAUGACGAUGACGAAGAAAUGGACGACGAGGAACUGAAUGAAGUACUUGCUCGAGAUGAUAAUGAAAAGGAAAUCUUCCGAGAAAUUGACCGUAUACGAGCGGCUGACUAUGGCAAGUCUGGAGCUCGGGCACGUCUUAUUACCGAAGACGAACUGCCUGAUAUUUAUAAGCAAGAUGUGUCACAUUUGGUCAAACCAGAGCCGAUGGAAAAUUACGGACGAGGUACUCGUGAACGGAAAGUGCUUCAUUACGAUGAUGGGCUCACUGAAGAGCAGUGGCUCGAGGCGGUUGACAAUGACGACGAUACAAUUGAAGACGCUAUUGCCAGAAAGAGACAACGGAUCAACAAACGUCAACAGAACAAGUUACGUGAUAGAGAAGAAGACUCUGCAGAUGUAUCGUCGCCAGGAACUCCAUUGGCCGGUGGUGACUUUGCAGUGUCAACACCUGGUACAAACGGUAAACGGAAAAGAGGUCGUAAAGCACGAGAUACUACUGCUAGUGUCAGUGCAAGUGCCACUGGAAACGUUGGAACACCGACUGCUAAAGACGAGUCACCAGCAUCUGCUAUCAUCCUUCCGGUGCGAAAACGGGCUAAAGGAAGACCACCAAAAGUCAAGGAAACAUUGUCUCCACAAGCAAGACGUCAACUCACUGAGCAAAUGGAGGAGAUAUUUAAUUUCGUUACAACUCAAGUCAAAGAUGACGACGAGCGAAAUAGAAUCGAUUUGUUCCUUGAACGACCUCCUAAAAGAAUAUACCCCGAUUAUUAUUUGCUGAUUGAGAACCCGAUUGCAUGCGACAUUAUAAGAAAGAGAAUCAAUGACGCAUACUAUCAAAGUUUACCGCAGUUCAGAGAAGAUUUCAGGCUCAUGUUUAGAAACGCCCGUACUUAUAAUGAAGAGGGAUCGUUUGUGGUGCAGGAUGCCAACAUUCUGGAAAAUAUGGUCAACACUCUAUACUACAAGUACAUACCAGAAGCAGAGGCUAUAGACAAGGCCGAGGCUGAACGGGUUCUACAAGAGAAGUUGAAGAAAGAAGAAACCGCCAAACUCAUGAAGUCGGAAGUCACACAGACUACUGUUAGCGAUGCCACUACUGUUUCAGGAGGUAAUGCUGGUGUGACAAGUACUUCUGUGGGAGAGUCUACCAGUAAAGUAGAGCUGAUGAAACUUCCAUUGUCUUCAUUAGCGAACGAACAAGAACCAAAACAGGUGUUUAAGGCGAGCGAUUCUGAAUCUGACCACGAUAAAGCACACCUGUCACCCCGUUUGAAGGAGACUUCGUCGUCAUCGACUUCGCCACUUGAAAACGGAUCAAUUGCUGGUGGUGCUAUUAAAGAUAGCGCCAGAAUCUCCCCUGGUAUUCACAGCGGGAACAGUUCCGACGGCGGGUCUGCAGCGAGCCAGCUGGGACCUGGUGAAGACGGCGACGACGAAAACAUGGACGGCGGCGACAACAGCCUGCUUGUUAGCGGACAGCAGUCGGCAGUGGACGGGUCUACCGUUCAAGGCGACGAAGAUGAAGACGACGACGCGCUGAUGCACGAUCACGACGGGCUGGAACUGGACCCAUUUGGCGGCGAUUUCAACGACUACGGCAACGACUUCGACAACAGCAACCUGCUGGACCGGCUCAACUGA